CAAGGAGAGUUCUCGAUCAGACACACACACACACAGAGGAGUGUGUGUGUUGGAGGGGAAGUGAGCGAGUCAGCCAGCGUGGUCCAGGACUCGUCUCAGUGUUCAAACUGCAGCAGAGCCCCCACAUUUCUCCUCUUCAGUCUCUUCUUCCUCUUCUCUCUGCACCACCCUUUUCACCCUCUGUUUUCCACCCCCUUCCUGUAUAAUCUCUGCUUUGGCUAUUGUCGGCACUGAUUGCUCUCUCCUCCGAUCUACUUUUCACCUUCCAUCCUCUCCUUUACCUUUUUUUUGGUCCUCUAUUUGUUUUUCUCCCGGCGGAUGGAGUGAGAGGUUUUCUUUUUUUACAUCUCCCUCUCCUGUCCUGCUCCCUCCUUCACUCCCUAUGGGCAAUCGUGCAUCUGCCAGACAAGAGCCCCAUGGCCGUGGGGGCGGCUGUCAGGCCAGCCAGGCAGACUCUCCACCUCCCGAGCAGGAUGAGGAGAUCCUGGGCUCUGAUGACGAUGAGCAGGAGGACCCAAACGACUACUGCAGGGGUGGAUAUCACCAUGUGAAGAUUGGCGAUCUGUUCCUUGGGAGAUACCAUGUGAUCCGAAAGCUGGGCUGGGGGCACUUUUCCACUGUGUGGCUGGCCUGGGACAUCCAGGAGAAGCGCUUUGUGGCCAUGAAGGUGGUGAAAAGUGCUGAACAUUACACCGAGACGGCUCUGGAUGAGAUCAAGCUGCUUAAAUCUGUGAGAAAUACAGAUCCCAGUGACCCCAGCAGAGAGAGGGUGGUGCAGCUUCUAGACGACUUCAAAAUUUCCGGAAUUAAUGGCACUCAUGUGUGCAUGGUAUUUGAGGUGCUGGGUUACCACCUCCUGAAGUGGAUCAUCAAGUCAAAUUAUCAAGGCCUGCCUCUUCCCUGUGUUAAAACCAUCAUACGGCAGGUUCUGCAGGGGUUAGACUACCUCCACACCAAGUGUAAGAUCAUCCACACAGACAUCAAACCAGAGAAUAUUCUGCUGACCGUCAACGAGUCCUACAUCAAGAAAAUGGCUGCUGAAGCUACUCAGUGGCAGAAGACUGGCGCCGCACCUCCUUCGGGUUCUGCAGUAAGCACAGCCCCAGCACCAAAACCGACGAAUAAAAUGUCAAAGAACAAAAAGAAGAAGAUGAAAAAGAAGCAGAAGAAGCAGGCGGAGAUGCUGGAGAAGAGGAUCCAGGAGAUGGAGGUAGAAGCUAAUGAGGGAGGAGAAGAGGAGGAGGAGGAUGAGGAGACGACAACAGAGGCCACCGAAGAUAUGACUUUGGCAGCCACCUUGUCAAUGUCCGCCACGCUGCAGGACAUUGCUGACCAUAAUAUCACAGACUCGACUCCCGAUGAGCAGCCCCAGCCGAUACCAGAGGUAAAUGAGCGAAGUGAGAAUGCGGCCGAGGGGGAUAUGGAGGUCAAAUGCAACGGUCGCGCUUCCCCACCGGAGGGCAAGACCAGUCCAGAGGUACAAGGGACCAAGCAGUCUACCGAGGAGCUGGAGGACCAACAGAACGCAAACCAGCCACAAAGUAACACAGAGACGCAGGGCACGCUAGGCAACAAAGAGCAGCGCCAGACCUGUAACGGUUCACACGAGGACACCCCCGCCUCUCUCGGCCCAGACUCUGUCACUGUACAGCUGAAGGCGGGAGACGAGGAGGACAAGAGGAAGGAGAUGGACACUCGAAUUGAGACCAAAAAGGGGGAAGAAGACGGCCAAGAUGGAACAUCAAGCAAUAUGUUGGUGAACCCCCUAGAGCCUCUUAACGCUGACAAGCUGCAGGUGAAGAUCGCUGACCUCGGUAACGCCUGCUGGGUGAACAAACAUUUCACAGAUGACAUCCAGACGCGGCAGUAUCGCUCUCUUGAGGUGCUGACAGGAACCGGCUACAGCACACCAGCAGAUAUCUGGAGCACAGCCUGCAUGGCCUUCGAGCUCGCCACCGGAGAUUAUCUGUUUGAGCCCCACUCUGGAGAAGACUACUCCAGAGAUGAAGAUCACAUAGCGCUCAUCAUCGAGCUGCUGGGCAAAGUUCCUCGGAAGCUGAUCUUGGCAGGCAAAUACUCAAAGGAGUUUUUCACCAAGAAAGGCGAUCUGCGUCACAUCACCAAGCUGAAGCCGUGGGGUUUAUUAGACGUGCUGAUGGAAAAGUACGAGUGGUCCAAAGACGAGGCGCACACCUUCAGCACCUUCCUGCUGCCCAUGCUGGACUUGGUGCCCGAGAGGAGGGCCACCGCGGCCCAGUGCCUCUCCCAUCCAUGGCUCACGUCCUAGAUGCCAGCCGUGCGCGCCCCUCCACCCCUCCCCCCCCGUCAUCUUGUGAAAGGAUGAAUUAGGUUUGGAGAUUCCGGGCUUGAAAACAUACAAGUAAACAAAGCCGUUCAUGCCUGUGAGGCCCUGGGACUGCAUCGUGCCUGCAUCCUCCCGUCGUGGCUCUCGCAGGCUUCCCACACAUACAUCCAUGAACAUAGAAUAAAGAGACUGCUGCUAAGUCUUGGCCCCCUUUUGGAUUACACUGGUGAUAGAAUGAACUUGUGGUCUUCCUCCUAUAUUCAUGGCUUUUUUUUCUGGCUGUGUAGGACUUAUUGACCUUGCCCUUUUAAAAAAAAAUAUAUUUUCCAGCUCUUUUUCUCCAGCACAUUAUUCUGUGUUUUUUAGCUCUAGAUAAUGGACUGAUGGUCAGAUUGAAACAGAGGUCGUACUUGUAGAAAGUGCAGGAUGUUAACUGAAACAUUGAGACAGAUAUCAAAACUACAUACUGUUCAUCAUUUAGGUCAUAAAUAAGCCAAUAAGUCUUUUUAGCUUGCCAGUCGCCUUACGCCUGUGGCCUCGUGUGUGCAAAGUGCUAAAUAUUAAGUGUGUAAUGCUAACAGCACUGUUGAGUUAGCAUCAACCCUACAAAGCUUUUGUACCUUUUUGUAUAAGAACGACAUGAUCAGAAAGCAUACAUUUACUGUCAGGACUCGUCAUAAAUCCCACACGAUUUUUUAAGGAAAACCCAACUGUUAUCUCCUUCUCUAGUGUUAAUACUAUGGGAAGACUUAUUUUUAAAAAGCACUUAAAUACAAUGUGAAAAAGAUCCCGAUCCUAGUUAUAUACCUGGGUCACAUGUUUGCUUCAUAUUCGCUUUCCUACAUCAGUCCAAUCGAACAAAAUGCGCUGCCACGUCCAGUGUGCAGUGCACCAAAGACUCGGCCACUUUUGUCACCCUACUGCUCUAAAUAUUGAAGGCACAAGGUUUGAGCUUUUUUUUUUUACCCUUUUGUGGCACCGCCUGGAGGAACGUUCAGGUGAUAUCCAGUUUAACUAAAGCUGUAUUCAGUGUUUCCACUGCACAUGGAGGUGUCGGGUUUGAAAAGUAGAUUGUACUAAAAACAGAUGCUGUGAUAAUGCUUCGACUCUUCUCAAAACCAUUUUGCUUUUCUACAAAGUCUUUUCUCCUGUCCAUGUUUCCACUCUUUCAUUUUCUGUUGUUAAUAAAAAAUAAUUUUUCGGAAUUUAACUAAA